UUAACUUUUAUUUGACAUAAAUGUUCUGAUUAGGGCUUUGGAAAAGAAGUAAAGCUUCGCGCAAGAAUCCUCAACAAUAAACACUUACCAAAGUUGCUUUUACAAAUCAACAAUGGCGGACGACGAUUAUAAUGACAUGGACAUGGGAUAUGAGGAUGAGCCACCAGAGCCUGAGAUUGAAGAAGGAGCCGAGGAGGAGGUGGAAAACAAUAACAAUGACGAUGUUCCCGUCGAUCCUGUUGAAACUGAAGAAAAAGAAGACGAAGAUGCUAAUGACAAAAUUAGUCGCAAAACAUCAAAGUACAUGACCAAAUAUGAGCGUGCUAGAAUCUUGGGUACACGUGCCCUGCAAAUCAGCAUGAAUGCACCAGUAAUGGUUGAGUUGGAGGGUGAGACUGACCCGCUUGAGAUUGCCAUGAAGGAGCUUCGGGAGCGGAAAAUCCCCUUCACCAUUCGUCGGUACUUGCCUGGUGGGAGUUAUGAAGACUGGGGAGUUGAUGAGUUGAUUGUGGAAGACUCAUGGAAGAGACAAGUGGGAGCCAAUUGAUGAUCACGUUUUAUUCGAGGAACAUGGAAAAUUACUGUUUACAUGAUGCUUUUUUCUUUUCUUUUAAAAUUAUUUCAUAUAUUUGGAGGGUCAUUGGAGAUCUUUGAACUCAUAUCUGAGCAAGUUUAGUAUGUGGGUUUCAAAAAAAGGAAAAACAAAGGAGAGAAAAUAAAGAUGUCUUGUCAACAUUAUCUUCUUUUCUUGCUAAGUUCAUAUGCAAGCUAGCUAUUUUUAA